AAAUAAUUUCGUCAUUUCAAAAGAAGUAUAAUGUUAAGAUAAGAAGGCAAUAAAUGAGUAUCAAUAAUUUCAAGGAAAUAAUUGAUGAGAUCGUGAUUGAGUCUUUGGAAAAUCCACAAUAAAGGCGAAAAAAAUAGACAGUGCAUGUGCGAAUUCAGUGUGUGACAAGUCACUGAUGAUCGUUUCUCUCCUUUCACUGGACAAAAGUUAACCGAGAUUUUGAUAGCAACAAAAAUGGCAUCAACACCAAGCGUUGACCAGAAAAAAGAGUUAAUUACUCGUAAUUUACAAGAGUACUUGGGCGAUGAUAAAUUGACGGCAAUUUUAAAGGAACGUGAUUUGAAAAUUUACUGGGGCACGGCAACAACAGGUAAACCUCAUGUCGCUUACUUUGUCCCAAUGUCAAAAAUCGCCGAUUUCCUUCGAGCUGGCUGCGAGGUUACAAUUUUGUUUGCUGACUUGCAUGCUUAUCUGGACAAUAUGAAGGCUCCAUGGUCGCUGCUCGAAUUGCGUACACAGUAUUAUGAGGCUGCCAUUAAAGCAAUGCUGAAAUCCAUCGGUGUUCCAAUUGAAAAGCUGAAGUUUGUGAAAGGAACUGACUAUCAGCUGUCGAAAGAAUACACAUUAGAUGUUUACAAACUUACAUCAGUGGUUACACAACAUGACGCGAAAAAAGCCGGCGCCGAAGUUGUCAAGCAAGUUGAAUAUCCGCUGUUGUCUGGCCUUCUGUAUCCCGGUUUACAAGCACUCGACGAAGAAUAUUUGAAGGUUGAUGCUCAAUUUGGCGGGGUCGAUCAACGGAAGAUCUUCACAUUCGCCGAAAAGUAUUUGCCUCAGUUGGGCUACGAAAAGAGAAUCCAUUUGAUGAAUCCAAUGGUGCCUGGUUUGGCUGGAGGUAAAAUGUCUUCGUCAGAAGAAGAUUCAAAAAUUGAUCUGCUGGACACACCAGCUGGCGUGAAGAAGAAGCUCAAGAAAGCAUUCUGUGAACCAGGCAAUAUUGAGGACAACGGUUUACUUUCAUUCGUUAAACACGUCAUUUUCUCACUUUUCAAAGACGGAGAAGGUUUUGUGGUUAGCCGCAAACCAGAGUUUGGUGGAGAUGUCACCUUUACCACAUAUCAAGAGCUGGAAACAAGCUUUGCUAAGGAAGAAUUGCAUCCGGGUGAUUUCAAACUAGCCGUUGAAACCUACAUCAAUCGAUUACUCGAUCCAAUUCGUGCUGAAUUCAACACACCUGAACUCAAAGCAUUGAGUGCAAAAGCCUAUCCACCACCAGCUAAAGAAACAGCAAAGAAAGGUGCUCCAGCUGCCGCAGAACCAGUUGAAGAUGGGCCACAUCGUCUUGAUAUUCGCGUUGGUAAAAUUGUUGAAGUGUCGAAACACCCGGAUGCCGAUAGUUUGUACGUGGAAAAAAUCGAUUUGGGUGAGGCGGUGCCACGAACUAUCGUCAGCGGUUUGGCCAAGUGGAUUCCAAUUGAGCAGAUGGAAAAUCGUUUAGUAGCAGUUCUGUGCAAUUUAAAACCGGCUAAAAUGCGUGGUGUUGAAUCACAAGGCAUGGUUUUGUGUGCAUCAGCUGCAGAAGCCGUUGAACCAUUGAAAAUUCCAUCGGGAGUUGCUCCAGGUGAUCGGAUCACAGUCGAUGGAUACAAAGGCACACCCGACGUGCAAUUAAACCCGAAGAAAAAGGUUUGGGAGAAAUUGCAAGCCGAUCUCAAGACCAACGCCAACGGAGAGGCCACAUGGCAAGAUAACUUCCUUGUAACAUCAGAUGGUCAGAAAAUACUCGCUGCUCUGCAAAACUGUUCGAUUAAAUAGAAAAGCAAACAAAACGCUUGAAAGAGUUUAUUUAUGGAUGACGAAAUAUAAGUCAAGCGCCGGCAUUUGAUUCUAAUUCAUAAUUUUGUUUAACAUUUUUAUUGCUUCAUGGAAGAAAAAGAAAACACAAAUAGAUUGCAUUCACAAUAAGGGAAA